AUGGCUAUGCAUCUGUUGGAGGACUGGUGCAAGGGCAUGGACCUGGACCCCAGGAAGGCCCUGCUGAUCGUGGGCAUCCCUGUGGAGUGUAGUGAAGAGGAAAUUAAGGAGACCCUGAGGGCGGGCUUGCAGCCCCUGUGUGCCUACAGCGUGCGGGGUAGAAUGUUCAGAAGGGAGGACGACUCUAAGGCCGUUCUCAUCGAACUGGCUGACAAGGUCAACUACGCUCUGAUGCCCGAGCAGAUCCCGGGCAAGGGAGGUAGCUGGGAAGUGGUGGUGAAACCCCGUAGCCCAGAUGACGAGUUUAUCAACAGACUGAACUGCUUCCUGAAAGAUGAGGGCCGGAGAAUGGUAGAUGUGGUCAAAACCCUGGGGUAUGGCACUUACCCUGAGGACGUAAAGCCAGAAGUCUUGACACCAGUCCUGCAGCCUCUGAACGAAAGCAUGUGGUACCGAAAGCUGAAGGUGUUUUCGGGAAGCCCUUGCCCAGGCCCGGGCGAAGAGAACUUUGAAGCCUGGCUAGAGCAGGCGACGGAGCUGAUGAAGAUGUGGCAGGUGUCUGAGGCAGAGAAGCAGCGGCGUUUGCUGGAGAGCUUACGCGGCUCCGCCCUGUCCAUCGUGCGGGUGCUGCGGGCCAACAGUGACUCCCUGACUCUGGAGCAGUGCCUGGACGCCCUGAAGCAGAUCUUCGGGAAUAAAGAGGACUACAGAACCUCACAGUUUAAGUUCCUCCAGACCGUCCAGAAGCCUGGAGAGCACGUCUCUGCGUUUUUGCUACGGAUCGAGCCCCUGCUGCAGAAAGCUGUGCGGCACAGCCCCUUGUCAGUGAGAAGCACAGACGUGAUUCGCCUGAAACACGUCCUAGCUCGUGCCUCCAUGAACGCCGCCCUCCAGGGCAAGCUCAAGCUCCUGGAUCAGCGAGGGUGUGCGCCCACUUUCCUGGAGUUAGUGAAGCUCGUCCGAGAUGAGGAGGAGUGGGAGGCCACCGUGGCAGUGACCAGGGAGAAGCAGAGGCAAAUAGCAAGGGGCCACAGGGCCCCUGGCACCCAGCUACUGGCAGAAACCAGUGUCCCAGUGCGUCCGGUCAUGGUGCAGGCAGGGCUGUUUGGUGAGAGCAGCGCUCAGGCCGUCCAGGAAGGGGAUACCCUGUCACUGAAGCGCAGGCAGGUGCCCUGGUGGUUCGAGACGGGGGAGGAAGGCCACAGCCAGGCAGAGUGUCCUAGGGCCGAGAACCAACCGCCAACAAAGCAGAAGCCUCAGCCUGCGGCAGAAGAGUUGGGAAACGAGGUGGGGGCUGGGGCCGUGAGCCACCCCAAGCCCUGGGAAGCGUAG